CUUCGCUUAUAUCGUAUCAUCCUUCCCAUCAUUCUUCGUUUCAACCUCGCAAAAUGACUACAACUGAAUCAUCAACAAGAUUGGUUACUGUAGAAUCAACAGCAACAAUUAUUGAAGGAACGGAAGUUGACAAUGUGAAUCGGGACUCGUUGUUCCGACGGUGCGUGUUGCAAGGGGCAUGGGAAGAAUACGUCAUUCCGGCAUAUAAAAACAACAGCGACUUCCACAAAAUAAAAAUCAACGAAAGCAGAGGCACUGCACUUCACGUGGCAGUGAAUGAUGGCAGAAUGGAACUUGUUAAUAAACUUGUUGGUGCAAUCUUGGAGCACGAAGGUAGGGAAGUGGUGAGCGAUGAAAGUGCACUGAAAUCAACCAAUGAGAGAGGGGACACUCCUUUGCACCUUGCAGCAUCAAGAGGGUUCAUUGAUAUGUGCAAGUGCAUCAUAGGGAAACAUGGGGAAAGGAAGGAAUUGAUCAAGGUAAAGAACAACAAGGGUGAGACACCUCUCUUCCGUGCUGUGGCCACAUACCACAAAAAGACCUUUGUGUACCUCUAUCAUGCUUCCAAGGAUUUAGAUGUUUCACUUACAAACAAUGAGGGUGAUACCAUCCUUCACCGUGCCAUUUGGGGUGAAUUAUUCGAUUUGGCAAUUAUAAUAACUCAUUGCUAUCCUGGUCGACUUGUUGACACACGAAACAAAGACGGAGCCACUCCUCUCAAAGUUCUUGCCAGCAAGCCUUCGGCCUUCAAGAGUGGAAGGAGUCUCCCAUGGUGGAAGCAAAUUCUAUAUUAUUGUAUACUCGUAGGACAUCUAGACGGUAAAAAAGCAAUAAAAUCAUAUAAGGAGAAAAUUGAUAAAGCUGGGGACCUAGGCGAAGUCACAAUACAGGUUGAAAGUGCAGCCCAGAAAGCACGUACUAUGAGAAGAGCACAAACUUUUGUCGGACAAAAGUAUGCCACUUCUGUUCGGUGUGCAAAGAACGUUGUUCGACUAGCAUUUGAAGGCCUUAGCCUAUCAGGUUUGGGUGUCACCCCACGGGACUUCAAAGCAAUAAGGAAGAUCAAACAAAAGCACAAAUGGAGUCAUCAGCUCUUGGAUGUUUUUAUGGAAACACCUUCUGAGUCGUACAUAGGAAAUACUGGAGAUCCACCAUUUAAGAAAUAUGACGGAAAGGAAGACACAAGCAUGGCAAUUCCAUGGAAAACCAUUAUUACUCUGCAACAGUUAGAAAAAGUCAAAGAAGAAUUUCCAAAGGAGGCAGCAGAUUGCUCAUCAGAGAUGAUGCCAAAACAAGAACAUGAUACUAACAAAAAGGAGACUGCAUUUAUGGCCGCAGCGAAAAACGGCAUAGUCGAAAUUGUGUUUGCUCUUCAAACUGCAAUACCAAGUGCCAUACAUGAAACUAACUGUAACAAUGAAAACGUAUUGCUUGUGGCAGUGAAGAAUAGGCAAACUGAGGUUGUUGAGGAGUUGCGGAAGAGUUUGAAUAAGAAACUCUUUGUUAGCCUAAUUUUAGUAGUGGAUAACAAGGAGAACACUGUGUUACACUUGGCGGCAGGUACAACAAGCAACAGCCAAAUGACUUGGCAGAUUGCUGGUACUGCCAUGCAAAUGAUGUGGCAUAUAAAGUGGUAUGAGUACAUCAGAGAUUUAGUGCCAGAUCAUUUCUUUUUUAUAAACAACAAGGAUGGCGAAACCCCAUGGGAAAUCUUCGAGCAAAAACACAAGGACCUGAUAAAAGACAGUUCGGAGUGGCUAAAGGAGACAUCAAAUUCUUGCUCGGUUGUGGCAGCUCUCAUUGCUGGGGUUUCCUUUGCAACAUCAAGCACUGUCCCUGGAGGCACCGACCAAGGUAAACCUACAUUGGAAGGCCAACCGGCGUUUGAUGCAUUUGCCAUUGCUUCGCUAAUUGGGCUUUCCUUCUCCGUCACGGCUCUCAUAAUGUUCCUCGCCAUACUCACUUCUCGUAAACAAGCUGAAGACUUUCGCAAGAGCUUGCCAUUAAAGCUUCUCUUUGGCCUAACUUCUCUUUUCGUGUCCAUUGCUUCAAUGCUAGUUUCUUUUUGCGCUGCUCAUUUCUUUGUGCUUAAGGAUAAGUACAAGAACAUCUUAUUCCCCAUUUAUGGUGCCACUUGCUUGCCCGUGACCUUCUAUGCAGUGAUUCAAUUUCCGUUGUAUGUUGAUCUACUUAAAGCUAUUUUUAAGAAGGUGCCACAACGCGCCAAAAGAUAAGGGUUGCCAUUUUUGGUUCUUCUUACUCCAUCCUCCUUGAUCAAUUUAAACAGAUCACUAGUUUAAUUGGAAUGUUUGUACCAGACUAAUGUCUUAUCUGUAUUUAAUUAUGUCUGGAAAACAGUAUACCAAUUUCAUAUUUUGGUGGUUGUAAUUUGCUUGCAUUGUAUAUCAUCUCAUUAUUAAUAGCCAUCAUCAGAU